AUGUCUUCCCGUCAAGAAGCUCCUAUGACUAAUUAUUCUUAUAAUGAAAUCGAAAAUUCUACAGCAAAAGCCACUAAAGAUGUGAUUGAUUACUCAAAACAAGCAAUUUCUUCCGCUCAAGACAAAGCAAGUCGUGCCGUUGGUGCUUUAAAUCAAGCAACAGGAACUACAUUUGAAAGAGGAUUUGGCGUUUUCAAUCAAGCAACUGAAACGACGGUUGACGCUUUUAAACAUCCAAUUGAAUCCACUCGUCAUGCUGCAAGAUACGCUUGGGAAAAUUUUCCUCCUCUAAGUUGGUUCGGUUAUGGUGUGGCAGCUUUAAACUCUAUUCCCUUGGCCAUGUUCGUUUGCUUUUUCUUGGUUACCCUUGCCCUUGUCUUGGGUGUAGCCGGUACGGGAAUCUUGGCAGCAGAAGGAUUUUUCCUUGGACUUGGGUCUUUAUUCUUUGUUCCUACCGUGGUCAUUUUGUCAUUUGCUGCAUUAUCCACAGCUUUAUUCACCGUUUUUGGCUGGUCCCUUUAUAAAGCGGCAAAGUAUUCGCUUUGUAAAAUUGGUCUGGUUAAAAGAGAAAUUCAACAUGAUUCAAGUGCCAUGUUUAAGGGAGGAAGUAGAGCGUUCAAACAAGAAUAUGAAGAUUAA